UUCCCUAGAUCCUGCUGCCGCGUUUUCCCGCUUCACCAGCAGCGGCGGCCACCGCAGCAGCAGCAGCAGCAGCAGCAGCAGCAGCAGCAGCAGCAGCAGCAGCGGCGGCGGCAACUGCAGCAGCCACCGUAGCAGCAGUCUGCGUCGCGGUCGCUUUCUCCUUCUCUGGCGCGCUUCAGUCCCCGUGAGUCACCAUGCCCAACAUCGUGCUCUUCAGCGGCAGCUCUCACCAGGACCUGUCGCAGCGCGUGGCCGAUCGCCUGGGCCUGGAGCUGGGCAAGGUGGUCACCAAGAAGUUUAGCAACCAGGAGACCAGUGUCGAGAUUGGUGAAAGUGUGCGAGGGGAAGAUGUCUAUAUCAUCCAGAGCGGCUGUGGGGAAAUUAAUGACAACUUGAUGGAGCUACUCAUCAUGAUCAACGCGUGCAAGAUUGCAUCCUCAUCCAGGGUAACAGCUGUGAUACCCUGCUUCCCCUACGCCCGGCAAGAUAAAAAGGACAAGGUAGGCGAGAGUCGUGCUCCAAUUUCUGCUAAGCUUGUGGCCAAUAUGUUGUCAGUUGCUGGGGCUGAUCACAUCAUUACCAUGGACCUGCAUGCCUCUCAGAUCCAGGGCUUCUUUGAUAUUCCUGUGGAUAAUUUAUAUGCAGAACCUGCAGUUCUUCAGUGGAUUCGGGAGAACAUCACUGAAUGGAGAAACUGUAUUAUUGUUUCUCCAGAUGCUGGAGGAGCCAAAAGGGUUACGUCAAUUGCAGACAGACUGAAUGUGGAAUUUGCUUUGAUUCACAAAGAGAGAAAGAAAGCAAAUGAAGUGGACCGGAUGGUUCUUGUGGGCGAUGUGAAGGACCGUGUGGCUAUCCUGGUGGACGACAUGGCUGACACAUGUGGUACCAUCUGUCAUGCUGCAGAUAAGUUACUCUCAGCUGGUGCCACCAAAGUUUAUGCUAUUCUUACCCAUGGAAUCUUCUCUGGGCCAGCUAUUUCCAGAAUAAAUAAUGCUGCCUUUGAAGCAGUUGUUGUCACCAAUACCAUUCCACAAGAGGACAAAAUGAAACACUGUUCCAAAAUUCAGGUGAUCGACAUUUCAAUGAUUCUGGCUGAAGCCAUUCGAAGAACCCACAAUGGGGAAUCCGUGUCCUAUCUGUUCAGCCAUGUCCCGCUGUAGUCUGGAUUGGAAUAUUGAAGGGGGAGCAAGCCUCCUCCAACUUCUCACUGUCUUUGUCUGCCUGCUGUUUUAGCAUUAGGACUCAGCAAUUCUAGGAUGAUCACUGGCAAAAGCGUCUGAUCUAUGUACACUCUGAGGGUCCUCUGUCUCCUCAAGGGCAAGACUACUACUUAGCAGUUCUGGGGGAGGGCAGAGGAAGGUGCUGGUUAUUUGGUCUUUAAAUGAAGUGAUGUCAAUGAGAAAAUAGUCUUUUCCCUCAUUCUUUUUUAGUACUUUGAGGCAACAACUUUUAAGCCUAAAAUCCCAUUGUGGAAAUUUGUCAUACAUAUAUUUUGAGGUUGCCAAAGGUGACUUCAAAUGAAAGCCUUCUGUGUAAAUAUAUAAUAAGGCCUGUGGCUAUUUGGGGAAAAUCCUAAAUAGCCUUUAUUUCAGAGAGAACCUUGGAAAAUUUAUACUAUCAUGAAUUUUGAAAUUUUUUUAAUAAUAACGGUUUAUUUUUUUGUCCUUUAUCAGGACUGAAUUUUAUUGAGUCUAAGCUAGUCAUUGACAUACUGACUUUCCUUAGUAGAUAUUAGACAUAUUGAAGACAAUAUAAGGCUGUACCAUUUUUAAUCACCACUUUGAAGAUAUGUCAUAACUGUCAACUUAACUAAAACUCCCAGAUUAUGAUCAGUGAUCACUGUGAUUUGGAUACCAUUUCAGGAUGUAGCAAUGAUUUUGUGGCCACCUAGAUGUACAACUUUGUGUAUCCCAGGGGAAUUACUCUUUAGGAUGACGCUCACGUCCAUGCAUUUUUCCCUAAUAAUUUCUUCUUGUAGAUGUCUUCCAAAAGAGAGACUCCUUGAAAUCCCCUUACAUUUUUUGGCUGAUUAGUAUUUUUUUUCACAUACAUAAAAUAGUGAAGUGUCGAAUGCCAUCAAAUGUAUUUAUUCAAAAAUUGCAUAAUUAUGCUUGAGUUAAAUGUUCUUCGGCCCUAUGUCAUCGGAAGUCCUAAAUUUCUAAUGACUAGUUAUCUCUAAAGCUGCUAAAAUGUAGAUAGGAGAUGGCUACAAAACAGUGGCUACAAAAGUGAAUGUCUGAUCCAUUAAAAUAAACUUCAAAGAAAUGGCUCGGAAAGCUUAGGGAAGAAGAAUCUCAUUAUGGAUGGUAUUCUUUAUAAAACAAUCUUUUAGUGAAGUGUGGAGGUCUGUGCGGACCACAUGUUUAAGGCCAGCCUGGGCUAUACAGUGAGUUCCAACUUAGCUUGGGCUGCAGAAUUAGACUGUGUGUCAUAAAACCAAAUGAAACAACAAAGGCAGUUCUCUAUGUCAUCAUUAAAAGUGGACAACCUAUCAUUUUCCUUCUCACCAAGAAGAGGAUUUGCCUGUGUACCUAAAGCUUAGGAAUGCUAACAAAAAAAAAAAAAAAAUCCCACCCCCGCCCCUUGCUGAGUAUUAUAGGUAAAUUCUCAGCCCUAAAUUCUGCAGGUAGAAAAAUCCUAUCCAUCUGAGUAGCAUACUCAACCAGCGCCCUGGAACAUCAGCUGUCAGAGGAGCAGAAUUCAAAUCAGUGUUACAAAGUAUAAUUUAUGUUAUUAUAGAAACUGGCAUUUUGACUAUACCUUACUUGUAACCAUUCUGAAGAAAGUGGUCCACUUCACCUGGGAAGCUCAGCUCUGUGGUACAGUCUGACUGUAAAGCCUUGGCUAAGACGUGUGUCAAGACCUGUUUGAUACUAUGCAACUGUUACUUUUGAUAAAUGUAUGAUGAAUGUAUUUCUUGGGUUUUAUGGCUAUGCUGCAAACAUCCUUGUGCAUACCCACAUGGAGAUAGCUCUGUGUGUGUGUCUGUGUACACAUGUCCCAAAGUGUUGGCAUGACAAAAGCCAGUUGGUAAUCAUUUUGUUUAAGAUAUUUAAAGCUUAAUGUGUACAGUGGAUCUUAAAAUAAUAAUGUUCAGAUUUAAAACCCUGCUAGAAAAAAAAAAUCUAUCUGGCUCUUCUAUGAAAUUGAGAGCUCAUGGUUUCUGCCCUUACUUGGCCUGAGUUAGUAUUUUAAAGUACCUCUGAAUACAUUUGUGAACUAAUUAGCCUGGACUGAGCCUUAUUUAGUGGAAAUACAGUUUUAAAUAUUGAUGGUUUCAGUUUGGCUAAAAUGACGAAGGCUGCCUCGUGAGCAGCCUUAAUUCAGAACUUUCUUGUUUCUUGCUGCUUGUGGUAAAGAAAUAUAAUGGAAACCACCAAAUAGAUCAGCUCUGUCCAACUAUGGAAGGAGAAUGUUAGGGAUGUCUAGCCAGAAAGGGGAGCCAGGAAAAUGAAUAUGCCAAAGUUGUUUAGCCUCCACCUAAAUUUUAUUAGUCAACUGAUAGAUGUUCAUAUGCUAACUUUCCUUUGUUCGAUACAAUGUCGACUAAAUUCAGGGAUAUAUUCCUUGCAGUGCUUGCCCUGGUUUUAGAGACUAGAGAAUUUUAAGAUCCCAUGCCGUUUACUAAGACAUUUCAAUAAAAUUGUGCUGACUUCCUUGUUUCA